AUGCCGGUGGUGGGUUCUUCUCUCUGGCUGACGAAGGUCCUUGUGGCCCUGCUCCUCGUGGGUCCUUCCCUUGUUCUGGGCCUGACGUGCAGCUACCCGAGCUAUGGCAAGUGCACGGCGAGUUAUUCCUUGACCAACAUCUCCGACCCCCAGAUCCAGACCUGGCUCACCUCCAACAUUGCCGCCAACACGGAAAGCUCGGUCACCUGGACCGGUUAUGUGCAAAACAGGGCCGUCGCCAACGUACUCACUUUCAACUUUACUGCGAGCGAAGAUGCCGCUGCCGCUGCAGACUCAUCGACAGUCACCGGUGUGCGAGUCGCCGUCGCCCACGCCCUCCGCUACGCGAUCGCCUACGCCGUCGCGGACGGUGACGCCCUCCUCGUCGAGCAGUGUCACGCCCAGCAGGUCGGUGACGCCGACACUGACGCCCUCCAUCUCGGUGUCGCCCACCGGCUCCCGGUCGCCUUCGCCUUCCCCUACGCCGUCGGGAACGCCCACGACCUCGCCUUCGUUGUCGCCCAGCCCAUCCACGUCGGCGUCGGAGUCGCCCUUUAUCCAGCCUUCGCUCUCGAGCUCGCCGUCGUCGUCACCCUUGGUCGAGCCUUCGUUCUCCAGCUCGCCGUCGUCAUCGCCCUCGCUGCCGUCAUCAUCGGCCAGCCCGUCGGGUUCGCCGUCCGCCACGCCUUCCGUCUCUACGUCCCCAUCGCGCACGCCUUCCCCCUCGCGCUCGGCCACGCCCACCAUCUCGGCGUCGCCCUCGCAAUCCAGGUCGCCCUCGCCCACGCCGUCGCAAUCGAGGUCGCCCACGCCCACGCGCUCGGUGACGCCCACCAUCUCUGUCACGCCCUCCACCACGCGGAGCGCCACCCCAUCGAUCUCUGUGACGCCCACCGUCUCGGUCUCACCCUCGCAGUCGCGGUCGCCCUCGCCCACCCGCUCGACGAUCUCCGUGACGCCCAGCACCUCGGUUUCGCCAACCCGCUCCAGGUCGCCCUCGCCCACCCGCUCGGUGACGCCCACCAUUUCGGUGACGCCGUCCCGCUCCAGGACGCCUUCGCCCACCCGCUCGGUGACGCCCAGCACCUCAGUUUCGCCAACCCGCUCCAGGUCGCCCUCGCCCACCCGCUCGGUCACGCCCACCAUUUCGGUGACGCCGUCCCGCUCCGGGACGCCUUCGCCCACCCGCUCGGUGAGGCCCACCACUUCAGUGACGCCGUCCCGCUCCAGGACGCCUUCGCCCACCCCCUCGGUGACGCCCACCAUUUCGGUGACGCCGUCCACCACGCCCACCAUCUCAGUGACGCCGACCCGCUCCAGGACGCCUUCGCCCACCCGCUCAGUCACACCUACCAUCUCCGCUACGCCCUCCACCACGCGCACACCCUCCAACUCGCCCUGGCCCUCGGCCUCGCCGUCCGUUUCGCCCUCGAUCCCUUUUUCGCCCUCGUUCUCGCCCCAGGCCUGGCCCUCCAGCUCGCCCUCGCCCUCUGCAUCGCCCUCGGCGUCGGCGUCGCCGGCCGGGCCGGCGACAGUGCGUCGGUGUCGGCCAAGCUCGAGUCCGGCUCGCCCUUCACCGCCGCCGUCGACACUGCUGCCGCAGCCUUUGGCGACCUGGUGUCGGCAGGCCUCGUCGCACAGCAGCAGUUCGUGUGGGCUGCGGUGGACGUGCAGUCGCUGGUGGCGGUGCCGUUCGACGAGCCCGACACGGUGCAGGUGGCGUUUGCCGUCGAGUUCGAGAUCGCGGCGGCGCUGGCCGGCGAGGCGUCGGCACGCAUCGGGUUUGCCGUCAACGUGGCGCUGGCGGGCAUUGCUCCGGUGGCGGCCGACAGUUCGCUGUUCGAGGUGGCCUUCACCAUCACCCCCUGCCACCACCAUUAA